AUGGCUGGUUUUGUAGGAGAUAAUCCAUACGAAUCACCAACUUUUGGGAAGUCACUAUCUCUAAGAGUCGAUGGUGGGUUUAAUGCUAUAUCUAUUAAUCCUUCCGGUAGAGAUGUUGUCUUAGCUAGUAGGAAGGGUUUAUAUAUAAUUGAUUUAGAUGACCCAUUCUCUCCCCCCCGCUGGUUGCAUCAUAUUACUCCCUGGCAAGUAGCCGAUGUUCAAUGGUCACCUCACCCUGCUAAACCGAACUGGGUUGUUUCUACUUCAAAUCAAAAGGCAAUUAUUUGGGAUCUUGCAAGAUCAUCCUCAAAUUCAAUUGAACAUGUUAUUCAUGCUCAUUUUAGGGCUAUUACAGAUAUUAAUUUUAAUCGUCAACACCCUGAUAUUUUAGCUACUUGCUCGAUUGAUACCUAUAUUCAUGCUUGGGAUUUGAGAAGUCCUAACAGGCCUUAUUAUUCGACAAGUGAAUGGAGGUCUGGUGCAUCACAAGUGAAGUGGAAUUUUAUUGAUCCUAACAUUUUGGCAUCCUCCCAUGGUAAUGAUGUUUGCAUCUGGGAUUUAAGAAAUGGUUCUACACCACUUUGCAAAUUACUAGGCCAUACCAGCAGUGUUAAUAGUGUUGAUUUUAAUCGUUUCAAGAAGUCGGAGAUUAUGACAUGUUCUAACGAUGGUACUGUCAAGUUCUGGGAUUAUUCUGUCAAUAGUGACACUUGUAAAUAUUCGAUAAACACUGAUUUCCCUAUAUGGAGAGGACGUUAUUUACCAUUCGGUGAAGGCUGUUGUUUAAUGCCAAUGGUAGGUGGUGAAAAUUCAGUUUAUAUGCUAAGUUUGAAGGAUAUUGAGCUUGAAUGUAACGAGGAUAAAGUUAUACCUUUCAAUCCAAUAUAUACCUAUAAAGGCCAUAGUGAUAGAGUGAUAGACUUUAUAUGGAGAUCAAGACAUCAAUACGAUUCUGUUGUAGAUGACAGAGAAUUCCAAUUAGUAACAUUAUCUAAAGAUUGCGAUUUACGACUAUGGCCUAUUAAUGACGAUAUUUAUAAAAAGGUCGACUUCAAACAAGGGAGAAAGCUUGACAAGCCAUUACCUAAUUAUGAAUAUAACACACAUAAUAUCGAACCUGCAGUUACGAAAAAGGUCUUAAAAGAUAACUAUAAAAGAAUAAAAGAAGAUUUUGUAGGAACCUCGGGUCUCCCUAAUAGUAAUGACGUUAAUCAUAUUAAUUGGCUAUCGGGUGUACGAAUAAAUGAUAACGUAACGACUGAUCAUUUCUUUAAAGAACGUAAAUUUCAAAACCUUGGAGAAGAGGUUAGUUCAAUUGGUCAUAAGUUUCCUAAGGUUGUAUUUGAAAAAAUCUCUGUUUCAACUGGUGAGUUAGUAAUAAUGCUAAGGGGCCCUUGGCUCGAGUCAAACCCUGAAGAUUUCAUAUUUAUCAGAUUACAAGUAUCAUUACCUUCAAACUACCCAAAUAAAAACAAUCAGCCAAUAUUUACAAUAGAAGAGAAUAGUAAAUUAACGGAAGCAAAAAGGAAAGAAUUAUCGUCUACUUUAAAAGAAAUUAGUCAACAAUACACAGAUUUAGGUCUAUACUGUUUAGAACCCUGCUUAAGAUUUGUCUUAGGUGAAAAGGUCGAUUUAGAAGAUAUCGAAAAUAAAGAAGCUCAAUUCAUGAAUUUUGAAUUGCCUGAUGUUGUUUAUGAUGAUUUAUCUUCAAUAAACAGCUCUGAUUAUAUCACUAGUUCAAGUGAAACUGAGGAAGACGACAUUAAUAAAACAUUCGCUGAAACUGAAAAUACAAAUGAUAUGCGCUUUUUAGGACGUGAUAUCACCUUUGAUAGUACUCCUGUACCGAAUGAAUCAGGCAUGGUUUGGACAGCUUCUGGACAGUUAUUAUGCUUUUUCGCUGGCGAAAGCACUAUUGACAAGAAGAGUAAUGUAUUAGGAAUAGUAAAGACUCAAAGUUUGAAACAACACAAGAAUAAUCAAGAAGUAAAACAAUCUACUAAAAAUGAUGCAUUUAAGGAUGAACCUUCACAAAGAAUAAGUUCAAGACCCAAAAGAUACGUAGAUACAAUAAUCACCCCUACAAGAUCCAAAGAAGCAAAUGCGACGACUGACGAUGAAGAAUUAUCUGAUGAUAGUUCUGACAGCUUUGUCGAUGAUUGGGAUGAAUUUCUAAGAAGCGAUAGAAUUUUAAAGAAUAAUCUGCCACAUAUACAUGGUAAUUUUAGAAAUGUUUUUAAUACAGGAUAUGGAGCAAGUUCGACCAAAACUGCAGAAUCGAUAAAAUCAACAAGAAAUAUAAUUAAGAUGCUUGAUUAUAGCUUCUUGAUCCCGGAAAAAAGAGAACUUGCCUUAGAAUAUCAGUUCUUUGACAAAAAUUCAGAAGAUAUGGCAAGAAAUAAUGCAUUAAUUGCUGAAAAGUAUGGUUGUGAAGAAAUUAGUCAUUGUUGGCAAAUUUUGUCUGAUUAUUUAAUGUCACAAGGAGAAGAUGAUCCGUAUAAUGUCGCAUGGGAUAUUCAUCCAAUGGGUAUUAAAUGGUUUGUUAAAGAAGCUAUUCGCUAUUUUGAAAAACAAAAUAAUUUACAAAUGCUAGCAAUGAUAAGUUGUAUAUUAGCCAAUCCUAGGGCAUCUUUUCUUGAUGAAAAAGUUAGUAAAGAAAAUAAUAUUACAGCUGACAAAAGAGUAGAAAGUAUUAUAUCAUUUCCUGCUCAACGGAAUAUGGAUGAUUGGAAGAAUGACAUCAAUUCCCAAAAAUCGAUUAGUAAUAUGACUUCAAAUCUCUCUGACGUCCAUCCAAGAUUGAAAAAAAAUCAAUCACCUGAUAUAUACUCUAUCCAAUCCGAAGACUAUUUCAAUUUCAGAAAUAAUCAAAGUAGUAAUAGAAGGGCAGGUCUGUGGGGAAAUGAAUUGAGUGGAAACAAUAUCUCAUCAUCUAUGACACCAACAUUACACAUACCGACAAGGGUCCCUGAAAUCAAAGUGGAACUUAUUCAUGAUGAAAUUCUAGAUGUAAUCGAUAGUGAAACAAAUUCAUUAAUUGACGACGAAGAUGCAUUCAGAAUGAAGGUAUACAUAUAUAAUUACGCAAAUUUGUUGUUUCGUUGGGGUCUACCGAUUGAAAGAGCUCAGAUAUUAAAGAUUCAAAUAGGAUCAAAAGAUUUAAAGAAUACAAAAAACUCAUACAUGUAUACAAAACAAUUCGAUGGGAUUAACACAACAUGGGUAAAUAAUCAGAAAUCAGAAUUCAACACAGUACGUAAUUGUUGUUUUUGCAAUUUAAAACUUACAAGAAGCAUUUUUAACUGCGGUAACUGUCAACAUGUGAUGCAUUCCUACUGUGCAAAAGAAUGGUGGAAUUCUUCAAACGAAUGCCCAUCAGGUUGUGGAUGUAUCUGUCCAGACACAUUUGAUAUUAAUUGA